CUUGAUGAAGGUUCUCUGAAGAAUUUACCACAACUUUCGAAACUUGACCUUGGAAGAAACAGGAUUAACUUCACAUUGUUACCAACAGGUCUCUUCAGAGAAGUGUAUCUUAUUGGUAACAAAAUACGAAUCAUUGACAGAGGUACUUUGAUUCAGCCACCAUUUUCCCAAUGCCUUCGCGUUUUAGACCUCAGUCAUAACAUGAUCCUCGAAGAUACUUGCAAAAAUGUCAAUUUCUUUGGACUAGAGAACCUUCAAAGUUUGGAAAUUUCUGGCAACGGAUUUACAGAACUACCAACAACAUUCAUGAAAUCCUUCCCCAAUAUUCAAAAUCUGUCAUUGAACCAUAUCACACAGGGAUUUAGGGAAAUAAGUGAAAACAUAGACUCCGUGUUGGGACACUUGGAACACCUUGAAAAUCUGCACCUUUUAGGUAAUGGUCUUUCCGAUUUGCCCAGAAAUGUAGAGAACUUAACAAAUAUCAAACUAAUAGAUGUCUCGUAUAACUCAAUGAAGGAACUGAGUGUGGGAGCAAGAACCAGACUAGACGCUAUGGCUCAGAAGAAAAACUUGUCGGUUAAUCUUCGUGGUAAUGUUCUCUCGUGUGGAUGUGAUUCUCUUGAAUUUAUUCUGUGGUCAAUGGACUCAAAGGUACAUUUCGCUGACGAUAAACAUUACAUGUGUCGAAAUGAUAAUAGGACUAUAAUCCAUGUAACAGAUAUUGCAGAUUCAUUCAUGAAAAUUUGGAGAGAGUGCAUUUCUUUGUUCUCACUUUUGUUUUCAAUUUGCCUCGUUUUCCUAUUCCUCUUAGGAGUUUCUCUAAGUCUUCAUAUUGCAAGAAAUAUCAAUUUGAUAAAACGAUGGAGUGUCAGAUGGUUAGGCUUGGACUUCCAGCGACAUUUUAAGUAUGAUGUAUUUGUGUACUACUCAUCCAAGGAAGACCCUCAGUGGGUGUACAUGUGUAGCACCUUGAGACAGAAGCUGGAAGAUGAAAGGGAGCUUCGUCUCUGCAUUCCAGAAAGAGAUUUCGAGCCAGGAGUCUACACCUGUGAGGAGGUUCUCGGUGCCAUAAGUCAAAGUUGGAAGACUAUUAUCUAUCUGACCUAG